AUGACAACUGGGCUGGAGAAAUUGGGUGGGGGCCCCGGGAGCGCGGACCCCUCCACGUCUUUCCACCGUAGCGCCGCGAGGCUCGCGGAGGGGCUGCGCGAAUACACCAAGAGUGGCUCUGCGUCCGCCUCUAAGGGCUUUGUGCCUGAUGACUUGGAGGCCCAAGUUCCUGGAAGAGUCUUCUCGGUCAGCUGAGGGAACAGUGGCACCGGGAAAGCAACUGCUAUUGAAAUAGCCAAGCGAGGUGGCACAGUUCACCUGGUUUGUCGAGAUCAAGACCCAGCUCCAAGUUCCUAAGGUGAGAUCAUCCGGGACAGCGCUCACCAGAACAUCUUUCUGUAUGUGUCUUUGUCUGAUCCCAAGAAAAUCUGGAAAUUUAUUGAAAAUUUCAAGCAGGAAAAUCAACUCGAUGUUCUGAACUGUAGUCUCUGGAUCAAUAAUGCAGGAUGUGUGGUCAAUAAGACGGAGCUCACUGAAGACAGGCUUGAAAAACACUUUGCUACCCGUAUCCUGGGAGAGUGUGAGGAGUUUUCUUGUUUAUAUGUGGAAGACAGACUACAGUAUACGAAGCAGCAGGAUCGUGACAGAGGGGGCAGCAUAACAGUCUCCUAGGGAGGAAUGUUGGUUCAGGAAUGGAAUACCCAUGAUGUACAAUCAGAAAGGACAGCACUUAAUGGAACGAGGGUCUAUGCACAAAACAAGAGGCAGCGGGGGCUGCUGACGGAGCGGGGGGCCCGAGGGCACCUGGCCAUCCAGGGCUCGUCAUGACGGGGAGGUCGCAGCCUUUAAUUUCCAUGCGACUUACGGUUCAUC